AUGGCCAGCAAGGAUAGUGGGCAGGCAUUCGCCCCGGUCCUGGCGGCCGUCGCGACAAUGCAAGGGAAUGUGCCUAGGUCCGAAAAGACCCAAGCUCAUGAAUUCCUUGAGAAAUUCCAGAAAUCUAUUGAGGCAUGGACAACGACACAUGCUUUGUUACAGUCACCCGACGUACCAGUUGAAGCCAAACUGUUUGCCGCGACGACAUUGAAGGGAAAGAUCGUGUUUGAUUUGGACCAACUGAACCCAGAGUCCGUUCUAGCGCUCCGAGACUCCGUCCUUGGCCUACUCGUGGCUUUUGCCUCCGGUCCGCGACCUAUUCAGACCCAACUAUGUGUGUGUUUGGCAAGUUUGGCGAUUCAGAUGAUCGCAUGGAAAGACGUAUUGGCUGUCGUGGGAACAGCCUUGGGUAGCAGUGCGGGGGAUUGUGUACUGGAGUUUUUGAAGAUUCUUCCAGAGGAGGUCACAGAGGGUCGCAAAAUCAAUCUCAGUGAGGAUGAGCUACUUUCACGAACAAAGGAAUUACUGGAGGACAAUGCCGAACAGGUAUUGCAGCUCAUGAUUCAGUAUGCUCAGUCUUCGCCAUCGGCUGCGACCAACCCGCGCCUUCUGGACUGCAUUACCUCAUGGCUCCGCGAAAUUCCCGCCUCAAAAGUUGUCGAAUCGCCUCUUAUGGACGUUAUUUUGAAAGCUUUGGACAAUGAUGUGUCGUUUGAUGCUGGUGUUGACUGCAUGUGCACCCUUUACCGAGACACCAAGGACGUUGACGAAUCCCUCCCUAUCAUUCAAGCUCUUUACCCACGAUUGAUGGCGCUCCGACCUAAGAUUGCCGAAACUGCGGAAACAGAGGACCCGGAGGCGUUUAAAGGCAUCACGAGAAUGUUUUCCGAGGCCGGUGAAGCUUGGGCAGUUCUUAUCGCACGACUGCCAGGCGAGUUCCGAGGCUUGGUUGAGGCUGUGCUUGAGUGUUGCGCUCGCGACUGGGAGCGCGAUGCUGUUUCUCUGACUUUCAUCUUUUGGUAUGAACUCAAGCAGUAUAUUACCCUCCCUCAGUAUGGGGAUUCCCGCCUCAACUUCCAGGACAUAUUUUCCCAGUUGGUCGACAUUAUGGUCAAACAUCUGGAGUUCCCUACCCCAGAUGAAGGAGAGACAGAUCUUUUUGGUGGUGACCGAGAGCAAGAAGAGAAAUUCCGCCAGUUCCGACACUCUAUGGGCGAUGUUCUGAAGGAUUGCUGUUCUGUUGUGGGCGUUACUGAUUGUCUCGGCAAGAUUUAUGCACUGAUCCAGCAAUGGGUGGGCAAGUAUGCAGCUCAAGCCAGUAAUGAGCAUGUCCCACACUGGCAGGAGCUGGAAGCACCUCUUUUCGGUCUCCGUGCAAUGGGUCGUAUGGUUGACCCGGAGGAAAGCACAGUGCUGGGUGAAUUGGUCAAUUUGAUCGUACAGAUCCCAGACCAAGAAAAGGUUCGAUUCCAGGCCAUCAUGGCCCUUGCCCGCUACACGGAAUGGACCGCACUUCACCCGGAAACACUCGAAGCGCAACUCAACUACGUAAUCAGCGCUUUCCAGCAUCCUUCUCCGGAGGUCAUCCAAGCUGCUGCUCUCGCCUUCAAAUUUCUCGGAACGGAUUGCCAGAAGCUGCUUGGCGGCCACAUCGACCACCUCCAUCAAUUCUUCUUGUCCGUGCUUGACAAGCUCAAGCCUACCAGCCAAGAGGAGAUCACCGAGGGUGUUGCGGCUGUUGUGUCUGUGCAACCUAUGGACAAGAUCUACGAUUCUCUCAAGAUGUUCUGUGACCCAAUCAUGCAACGAAUUAUGAACCUCGCCAACAAUGCUCAAGACGAAGAAGGCCAACGGGCCGUCGCUGAUCACUUGCAGCUUAUUACUAUUUUUGUGCAAGUUGUCAUUCCUAUUGUUGCACCGGGCGAGGAGAACCCAGCCGUCAAGUAUUGCGGCGAAAUCCUGCCUAUCAUGACCACGAUUGUUAUGAACUUCACAUCCUCCACUCCCAUUUUGGAGCGCGUGUGCCGUUGCUGGCGCUAUAUGAUAAUUUCUUACCGAACCGCUAUGAUUCCCCUGCUUCCUACACUUGCUCAAAGUAUUGCCAGUGGUUUCGAGGCUUCGCGGGAAGGUUGCUUCUUGUGGGCUACCGAUGCAGUUGUUCGCGAAUUCUCUGAUGGUGCCGAAUAUGUUGAUCAGGCAACAAGUGAUGCUGUCUUCCAGUUUUAUGAGCAGCAAGCUCUUGCAUUCCUGCGGAUACUGAAUGAUCUACCCCCAGAAAAUCUCCCCGAUGUUAUCGAGGACUUCUUCCGGCUGUCUUCUGACGCCACCCGCUACUACCCUAAGAAAUGCAUCAGCUCAUCCCUCGCCGUUCCUAUCUUCUCCGCGGCACUUAGUGCUCUCACGCUCCAGCAGGUUGAUCCACUUAUCGCCACUCUUCAUUAUUAUCGCGACCUAUUUAGUUUUGCAUUCGAUAAGCCUAUGGUUUCCGAAUUUACCAGCCCUGAAGGCAAAGUCUACUCCAACCCACCCGAGAUCCGCGAUGCUGUCAAGGCUCUCCUCGUGUCCCAAGGUCAACUUAUGGCUGAGCGCGUGCUCACCGGUAUGAUGUUCACAUUCCCCGGCGACUGUUUCCCAGAUGCAUCAGGGGUCAUGAUGACACUCUUCGAACUUCUUCCACAUGAAACCGGAUCCUGGUUACAGAACACACUGCAAAUGUUACCCCCAGGAUCCAUGAAACCAGGCGAGGCCGAACGUCUUUUCAAGGGCAUAGCCGAUAAGGUCCAGUCUGGUGAAACCCGGAAAAUUCGAGUGUUACUUCAAGAUUUCACCAACUCUUACCGCCGCCGCAAUGUUGCCCCUCGCGAUGGCCUUGGUCGAUUAGAGGCAGCAAGAUUCCGAUUCAGCGGAUGA